ACAGUGGCCAGGAGCCUCAUGACCUCAUCUUUUUCCACCACAUGGGGAUUGGUAGCUGUGCUUGGGACAGGGUUUAAAUUCCCGGAGCUCAGAGAUGUCAGGCAGCAGGGGACGAGGGGAGAAAGCCAGAGCUGCUGGAAGCCAACUCUCUGGAGCUGCUGCUGGGAUCACCAAGAGUGCUCUUAUUGUGGCUGACUCCUUUAGCACCAGAAAAGGUGAAAUAUCACAAUGAAGGUGGCAGUUCUGUGUUUAUGCCUUAUCAGCAUCACAGCUGCAUGGCCAGUGAUUCAAUCCAAGAAGCAUGCCAUUUCUGCCAGCUCCAAAGAAAAAUAUGACUCCAGGGGCCAUUAUUUGCAGAGAUAUCACAAUGACCAUGUGAAUUCCCAGUCUCAGGAAAGUCAGCAGCACCCAGAGAGUGACCUGGCAUCAUCUCAGCAGACCCUUUACUCUUCAGAAGAAAGUGUGGAUGUCCCAGAACAACCGCACUUUCCUGAUGUGUCAAGCAAGAGCCAUGAAGAUGUGGAUGAUGAUGAUGAUGAUGAUGACAAUGAUUCCAAUGACACGGAUGAAUCCGAAGAGGUUGUCACGAGUUUUCCCACAGACAUUCCAGUAACCGAGCCAUCCCCCACUUUCCCGUUCACCCGGGGAGACAAUGCUGGCAGAGGUGACAGUGUGGCCUACAGGAUGAGGGCAAAAGCUGCACUGUUGAAGGCUAUCAAACUCCACAAAGCUGCCAAAAAGCUCAUCUACGAUGCCACCGAGGAAGAUGAGAGCGACAUGGAUGCAGACAGCCAGCGCUCUGUCUCCCGGGAGGAUUCUGCUUCCCGCAGGUCCCUGAGGAAGUAUGUCAGCAGUGUGGUAUGGUCUGACCAGAGCCACGGGCGGGACAGCAGCGAGCCGGACAGCGACCUGUGGGACCACAGCUUGGAGAACGACAGCAGGCCCAAAUCCGACAGCCACGAGGCAGGAGGCCACAGUAGCAAGUCUGGUGUCAGAGGGGACAGCCUCUCCAGUGUGGAAAGCAGGAAGAGAAGGGACAGCCAGGACAGCCACUCGAGUGUGGAAAGCAGGGAGAGCCGGGACCACGUAUCAGCUCAGCUCUCUGACGAUAUCAGCAGCCAAACGCUGGAAAGUGCCGAGGAUUCUCAAGAUCGUCACAGCAUUGAAAGUAACGAAGUCACCCUUUAGAGGCAGAUAAAAAUAAUGUUUCCCUUCUUUUCCAAUCCCUGCCUAAGGGGAGCAGGGAGUAGCUUCAUUUCGGGGAACUGUGUGUUAAUGUAGUUCGCGUGGUGACUUGGGGGUUCGGGGCGCUCCGUGGCCCUGGGCUGUGCCGGCGGAGGCUGUGGGACACGGCGGGCGAGCGUCGCCCCUCGGGCACCCCGCUCUCUGCGCUGCCGGGCGCUGUUUGCUGUAACGGGACUUAAAUAAAACCUCAAAAUCCUA